AUGUAUACUCGUGAAAAAAGAAAAAUAUGGCAAAUUUGUAGUUUUUUUGCAGGUUUUAGGUUUGCUAGUAGCGUUAAGGCAUAUAUUUGGGAAUUUCUUAAUCACUGUGAAUAUAGUGUGGAUGUUUGUUCAGUUCCUGAACAACGAAAAAUAUUCAACUUUAUUGAUGUAUGGAUAUCAAAAAACCUUAAUGGUUUUGUGGGAAUAUCAAUCUAAGGUGCCAUAAUGGUUCUGAUGAAUGAUGAAUGAAUGAAUGUUUGGAAACAAGCAAUAUCUUUUGGUACAGCCUGUCAUCAAGUAGGUACUUAACACGUUCACUGUGAAUGACGCUGAUCCGCGUCCGACCGAUGUUUAACGCAAGGCGGCGGGCGCGGAUCCGCGCUUCUGGCUGAUACAAACUCACAAGACUGUGGUGUUGUCAGUUUCCCACAGAAAAAUCUUUAAUAGGGUUUCAAGUCGUGUUACUGCACGGAAAAAAAACGAGACAGAAGAAGAAAAUGUAUAUAUGAAAUAGUUUUCAAUUACACAACGCACAUCCAAUAGGCUUACGACGCGAAUCCGGGCUUCGCUUGUGCAGCGCCUAAAAUCGUUUAGCCGCUACCGUGCGCGCGGCGCGAGGCAGGUCGCAGCGAACGUGUUAAUGGCUAUCUGCAAGAGGUUCAUGUGAAAAAACACCCAGUAUCACAUGUCAAUUGAAGAAAAUAAUAU